UUCUUAGUCGUCACUUCGUGCCCACCGUCACUUUGUAAGCGUUGGACCCAUUAGCAACCGGGCGUGCGUCGCAGAAAGAGAAAGAAGUGACAGGCUUGCGCGUGAAGCCAGCGUGUCCAGGAUCGACCGAACGAUAACCAGGCCGAUCGAGCCCCUACCGUAGCCCUAAGCGCCCGAUUCGGUGGCUGCGCGUCGCCUUAUCUCGCGUCAACAUGGCGUUACGUGAAAGCAAGAAGUGGCCUUACACCGUGGCUUCGACGACGGGCCUGAUAGACUCGCACUGCCACCUGGACUACUUGUUUAGCAAGGCGAACCACUUCGGGAGCUACGCCGACUACCGACGCGAGAACCAGCACACCUUCCCGGACUGCUACGAGGGUUGCGUGGCAAACUUUUGCAACCCGGUCACCUUCAAGCUGGAGUACAUGUGGGACGCGCUGCUCUCCGAGGACAAGGUGUGGGGCGCGUUUGGCGUCCAUCCCAAGAUGGCGGACGAGUACAACGACCAAAUCGAGCAGCAGCUGCUGCAUGCGCUUCAGCACCCGAGCGUAGUGGCGUUCGGUGAGAUCGGCCUUGACUACUCCAACAAGAACCGCGACGAACAGCAGCAGGUGUUCCGCACGCAGCUGCAGUUGGCCACCAGCCGCGGCCUGCCGCUGGUCAUUCAUUCGCGCAACGCCACUGCGGACACCAUUCGCAUCAUGCGCGAGAUGGUGCCCGCCAACUACAUGAUCCACGUGCACUGCUUCAACGGCAACUGGAACGAGGCUCUCCAGUGGCUCGACCCCUUUCCGCACCUCUGCCUCGGGCUGACACCCAAGCUCGAGCAGUCGGGAGAUCUGGCCGAGGCCGCGCGCCGCAUCCCGCUGGAGCGGCUGCUUCUGGAGACCGACGCGCCAUUCUUUCUGCCCAAGGAUGAGAAAGGAAAGAGCAGCGUCGCCCACCCCGGAAUGGUCAUCCACGUGGCCACGAAGUUGGCUAACAUCCGAAACACCACCGUCGGCGAGGUCCUGGAGGCUGUGCGUCAGAACACGAAACGCGUGUACGGCAUCUGAAGCCGAAUUGCACGCUGCAGUGCCGUGUGCCUUACGGAGCGUGCCAAUGACGCAGCUGUUCACGCCGCCGAUGGCGUGCCACAAAUUGCCUUGCCCGCUUCCCGACGAGCGUGCGAUUGGAGUAAAAUUGUUUAUAAAUCGACAAGCCGUGAUGCAGUGUAAAACCAUUGCGUUCAUAUC